ACCAGAUAACUUGAAAAAAAAAACAAGAAAUUCUGGUUGCAAAAUAAAACAAAAAAAAUUUGGUAGAAGAAAAUUAAGAUAUUGGAGUAUAGUUUGUGCAAUGCAUUGACGCGGUAAUAGUUAUUGGCUUAUUGCUUUAUUGUUCACCCAUACUCUGUCUUCACUUCAUCAAGAACAAUUCCUCUGUUUCUAGAAACAACAACUCAUUUUUUCCCUCUUUAGAUCUUCUCUAUCACUUUCACACACACACUUGUUCCUUUUUUUUACUCAUUUCCCGGGAAAGACAAUUUCUUUUCAGUUUUUAUUCAGAAAACACCAUCACUCAUAAAACAAAAACAUCUUUUUCAGUUCUAAACACAAAAAAUAAAACAAAAAAUGUUGUUUUUUAACAUGUGUCUUUGUUUGUUUUAUAAGGUUUUAAGGUUAAAGCGUGAACGCGUUAUUAACCUUUCUUAAACGUUUGAAACAAAAUAAAAACAGAGUAAUUUGAAAGAGAAAGUUUCCAUUUGUUACGGAACAAUUUGUGUGUUUAUAGGAAAAAAGGAAAUUUUGUGUUGAAUUCAUAACAUUGUUGUCUAAGAAAUAAAAAAAAAAAAAAAAAAAACAGAUAGAUUGAGACUUUUUCGGUGGAAAAAAUGGGUAUUAGUAAAUUCUAAAAUUACAAGUUUUUAUUCCAAGAAAAAAAAAUAUUACAAGUUUUUGACUUUUUUUUGAAUAAUUUUUUUUUCAAUCCAUUAUUUUCUCUCUCUUUUUCUCUUAUUUGGGUUCUCAUUUUCUUCAAGGUUGAGAUAGAAACUGAAUUAAAAAUAAAAACUUUUCUCAGUUUUUUUUUUUUGUUUCAUCUGAAACGAUGGAAUUUAAUAUUGGGUCAAUGCAAUCUAAGUCUAACCUUGAUUGCUUUCUUCACCGUACAACACCUGUGGUAUCAUCAAAGUUUCUGAAAGAGUGCGAGAUUCGAAAGCUUAAUCGGUUAUGGCAUCCGUCCUGUGAUAGAGAAUCAGUUGAAUAUUUUCGUUUGAGUGAUCUUUGGAAUUGUUUCAAUGAAUGGAGUGCUUAUGGAGUUGGAGUUCCAAUCAACUUGAAAAAUGAGGACACACUUGUGCAAUACUAUGUUCCUUAUCUAUCUGCAAUUCAAAUAUUCACUAGCAAUAAUUUCAGGGAAGAGACCGAGUCCGGUGAUAGUGAGACAAGGGAUUCGUUCAGUGAUUCUUAUAGCGAUGAUAGCGAGUGUGAUAAGCUAUGGACUUCAUCAGAAGAGGAAGCAUUUGAUCAAGAUAAUCUCUGGCAUUUCAACAACAGAUUGGGUCAUCUUUAUUUACAAUAUUUUGAAAAAUCAACUCCAUAUGGAAGAGUUCCUCUAAUGGAUAAGAUUAAUGAGUUAGCAGAAAGAUACCCAGGAUUGAUGUCACUUAAAAGUGUUGAUCUUUCACCAGCAAGUUGGAUGGCAGUUGCAUGGUACCCAAUAUAUCAUAUUCCAAUGGGAAGAACAAUUAAAGAUCUUUCAACAUGUUUCCUUACUUACCACACACUUUCAUCUUCAUUUCAAGAUAUGGACCUUGAUGAUGAAAAGGAAGGAACACAAGAGAAGAGGAAGGAAGGUGAAGGCAUCUCUUUGGCACCAUUUGGUUUGGCCACCUACAAAAUGCAAGGGAAUUUGUGGGUCUCUGGAAAAUAUGGUAGGGACCAAGAAAAGCUAGUUUCAUUAUGUAGUGUGGCAGAUUCAUGGUUGAAGCAACUUAAGGUCCACCAUCAUGACUUUAAUUACUUCAAGGGCAUUAGGCAUGGCUAAAAGGAUUAAUGCACCACUAUUUAGUACUAGUACUUUAGAAAUUGACAUCUUAAAUCCUCUUGCCUUUGCUUGGACCAUUAAUUGCAUAUUUUUUUUUUUGAGUAUGUCUUGAAUUAGUCGUGUCUCAGUAUCAGACAUGUGUCUGUGUUCAACACUAAUAUGAUACCGACACUUAUGAUUAUAUCGAAUUAUGUUAUUUUCUUAAAUUAUUAUCAAUAUUAACGUGUCAGUAUCUGUGUCGUAUUCAGUGUCUGUGUCUGUUCUUCAUAGAUAGGAGAGUUUUAGGACAAGCCCAUGUGAGAGGUUAACUAAUGAAUUGUCUAAUUUGAGUAGCUUCAUGAGUGAGUGUAAAGAGGUAGAUGAGAGGUCAGAGUAUUACUAUGUUGAGACUACUUGGAACUUCAAACUUGGUUGUACUUUGUUGUAUAUUGACAAUCAUAGAAGUUAAUGGAUGGGUUUGAGAUGUGGCAUUUUUUAAAAUGCCACCUUGCAA